UUUUUUCCGAGUACAUGAUACCAUACAGCAUCCAUAUCAAACUUGCACGAGCCGCACUAACAUUAAACUUUCAUAUCAAGGCGGGGGCCUCAAACUAGUGUCCUGCGGGCCACAUUUGGCCCGCUUGGCCGCGUGUUUGAGACCCCUGCACUAGAGUCUUAACUCUGGUUCCCUUGGGGACACAUUUACUGUGACACUGCUCCAGCACAAGUUUCAUUUAUGUCUUGCACUUGGGCUGUUUACGAUUGUAAAGCCAUUUAAAGGUGCAAGGAAGUACGCUUGAAGUAUGCUUGUCAGGAAAACACAAGGUACCGCUAACCUGUGUGUGUCUACGUAAUAUUAUUUAUAUCUAAUGUCUUAUUUUCUCUAAUUAUGUCUACUCUAUAGGGUAAUGCACAUGUCAAGGUGACUAUAGGGGUGUUAUUUUAUGUCUGGAGGGCUCUAAUAUUGUUCAAAUGUGCAUUUCAUUUAUUACAAUUGAGUGCGCCCUGUGAUUGGCUGGCGACCAGUCCAGGGUGUACCCCGCCUUACGCCCGAAGACAGCUGGGAUAGGCUCCAGCACCCCCCCCCCCCCGACCCUCGUGAGGAAAAAGCGGUAGAAAAUGAAUGAAUGAAUGAAUUGAGUGCUACUUCAAAGCAAUUCACUUGUUCAGCAAGAACAAAGAAAAGAAUUAUCCAACAUGUACUUACGAUGUCGUACUUCUGGUUUUCCAAUAAUAUUGUGACGAACAAUUUAUUUAGGUUUCUUUGUCAUAAUAAUAUUACUUUGAAAAGAUUCUUAUAUAAUGUUUCGUGUGGGUGAUUAACGGUGGCGGAGUGCAGGUGUGUAAUGGGAGGCUCACUUGCCUGAUUUGAGCUUCCAUUGGUUCACACACCGGAGUGGAAAAGUUGGCAGGUCGACUCGUCGGGAGGAGACGCCAAAGGUGGCCAAGGUCAGUUCCCCAUCACUCAGAACGUGACGGCGCUGGAGGGCGCGGCCGCCAACAUGACCUGCAGGGUGGAUUUCAAUGACAACACCUCCCUCCAGUGGUCCAACCCCGCACAGCAGACGCUCUUCUUUGGAGACAAGAAAGCUCUGCGAGACAACCGGAUCGAGCUGGUGCGAGCGUCCUGGCAGGAGCUCACCAUCAGGAUCAGCGAUGUCAGCCUGGCGGACGAAGGACAGUAUACGUGCUCGCUCUUCACCAUGCCCGUCAAGACCACCAAGGCCUUCCUCACCGUCUUAGGAGUACCGGAGCGGCCAGAGAUUACGGGUUUCACAAGUCCUGCUUUGGAAGGCGAGGUCAUCACUCUGACUUGCACCACGACGGGCAGCAAGCCGGCUGCCAACAUCCGGUGGUUCCGGAAUGACCAGGAGGUCCAAGGCUCCAUGGAGGUGAUGUCCACGGGGAAGUCCUUCCUGGUGAGGAGCAGCUUGUACUUCCAGGUGGACAGAGGAGAUGAUGGCGUGGCCUACACUUGCAUGGUGGAACACGUGUCCCUGUCCAGCCCUUACAUGACCACCGAAGUCCUGCAGGUCCAAUACGCUCCUCAUGUGGAGAUCAGACACGCUAUGAGCAUCCCACAGGAGGGACAGUACUUCAAACUGGAGUGCUUCUCCAGAGGAAACCCCAUACCAGAACCGGUGCUGUGGUCCAAAGACGGAGGCGAGCUGCCCGACAUGGAGCGCAUGAUUGUGGAGGGGAGAGAGCUCACCAUCACCACGCUGAACAAAACGGACAACGGCACGUACCGCUGCGAGGCCAGCAACCACCUGGGGACCAGCAGCGCUGAAUAUGUACUCUUCGUUUACGAUCCGAAUGCCAUCGGACAGCACGGCCCCGACCACGCGCUAAUCGGCGGCGUUGUAGCGGUGGUGGUCUUCAUCACGCUGUGUUUGAUCAUCGUCCUGGGGCGCUACCUCGCUAGACAUAAAGGGACGUAUCUCACGCAUGAGGCCAAAGGGGCGGAGGACGCCCCCGACGCCGACACCGCCAUCAUCAACGCGGAAGGCAACCACGUGCAUGCGGAGGAGAAGAAGGAAUAUUUCAUUUAGGUUUUUUUUGGGGGGGGGUUUUGGACUACAGACAUGCAAUUUGAAGCUGCCUCAAUGUGACCACAUGAUCGCCCACUUCCUGCUUGAUUUCAUCGCCAUUCACAGGCCACAUCUUGGGAGUUGUGUUACCGGGCAGGACUCUUGGAUGGAGGCUUUUUUUUUGGGAUGUGUACCCCGCCUCAACACUGCAUAGCGAGAUCCCAAAGUCCACCCGACAAAAAAAAAAAAAAAAAAAAAGAAAAAAGAAGCACAAUCUUCCGGUUGUUUGUUGAUUGAAGCGGCUAUGUCUCGCCGCCAUUCCUUUUCCCACUCCGACUUUUUUGCAGAAGAAGACGCUACCGAGUUAAAAGCACAAAUUGCGAGAGCUGGACGCAGGAAGCGGAACGCCGAGACCUGGUUCUCGUGUCAGGAUUUGAGUCCAGAUGGAAGAAGAGCGGCGUCGCCUGGUAGUUUCAUGGAAAAAAAAAAACACUGCUCAAUAUGUGAAUAUCGCUGUUCUAUACUUUGCUGGCGUGAAUAUUGGUGACGAAUAUCGUUAAGUCUCGGAUCCCUGCGGCGUUUUCGACAUUGGAGAUUUGGUCCAAUGAAAAGCACGUGUUGCCCGUACGGCUUUUUGUCCGGAAAUACAAAAAAUUGAGAAAAAUGUUGGGCAGCGAUGAUACACAAUAUUUAAAGUGUUCCAUCAAACUUGUUGUUUUUUUUUUUAAGUUUAAGUAGUUUGGCCAUGUAAAUAUCGUGUAAAUAUUGGACAUUUUAGUCAAGAAAAAUCAAUACUUCUAAUUUCAUUUUCAUAUCAUUCGCCGUUUUUUGUUUUUUUUUGCUUUUUUCUACAAAGGAGUAGCACGGCCAUACUGGAAAGAACAUUGAAAUAAGUCAAAAUGUGAAUAUUUAAAUCCUUUUGAAUACAAAAAAUAAUAAUAAUAAUAAUAAAAUAAUAAAUAAAUAAUUCAAAAAAUUAAUUCUGUUGGAAUUUUAAUAGAAUGAAGUCAUAUUACAAAAAAAUAAUCCAUAAUUUUAUUUUAAAAAGGAAAGAAAGAAGGAAAAAUAUACCAAUGCCAUAACUUGAUGACAAUAGAAAUAAAGAGGUACUUUUACGAGCAUAAAGUUGAUAUAUUACGAGAAAUUCAUAAUAUUGAUAAGAAUUACUUUUAAAAAAGACUUAAUAUUACAAUAAAAAGUAGAAUAUCAAAAUAUAUUUGAAAAAUAAUAAUUUUCCAAGAACAAAGUUCUCCUCAAACUGCAAGAAAUUGCAUUGUAAUUUUAGUAUUAAAAUAUAUGGAUCCGAAUUUAUGAGGAAAAUGUAAGAAUGUGGUAAUUUGGACGUAACUGAGCAUGAGCGUCACGUCGUGAAUGACGUCAUCUUACAAGAAUGACUUCAUAAGAAAAGAAUAAAGUCUUUGACAAUAUAUAUAUUGUGACAAUAUAAAAAUAAAGUUGGAAUUCCAAGACAUUAUCGCGUAAUAUCAUAUAUUUCAUGAUAUAACACAUGAUAAUGCCAUUUUAUGACAACAAAGUCAUGCUUCCAUGUGAGAAUAUUACUAUAAUUACUAAUAUUAUUACAAGAUUUAGUGGAAUAAUGUGCCAAAAAUAAAUCAACAAGUAGGUAUUAGGAUCAUUUUAUAACAAUACAGUUGUUAUUUAAUAAAUGAUGGCUCAUAUCAUUACAAGAAUGAAUGGAAUAUUAUGACAAUGAGGUUGAAAUAUUACAGGAAGUUAAUGUAAAUGUAUGAGAAUGAUAUUGUAGUAUUACAAGAAUGACGGUAAUAAGACGAGGGAAAAAGUCUGAAUGUUACCUCAGGAGAGCCAAAAUGGAUACCGCUGUAACAUCAACAUAUGAUGUACAAAAACAUUAUUACAGUAUUUGAAAAUAUGGGAUGACUUGCUCACUUGUUAAUAUAAAAUUGUGGCCAUUUUUCCUCUUAAUACUGACGCUGAUGUUGUCAUUUCCCAAAUUUGUCAUGUGAUUGUAAUGUUUUGUUUUUUUUUCCGUGUGGCUCCAAAGACUCCUUCAAGCUGGGAUUGGAAUGUUGGGGGGUGGGGAGGGUGUAUUUAUUUAUGUAUUUAUGACCAUAAUUGCCACGUCGUAUAUAAUCCAGAGUAUUCUAGCUGUCCUUACUAGUACAGUAGUGGUCUUAGGUUCUUAUUUCUCUUGUAUUGAUCAUCAAAAUGGACACAAGGAUCACCGUUAUGGCCUUUGAGUUUGCUGCAAACGUUGGUGAAUCAAACCCGCCGUCGCUGUAUAAAAGUCACAUGACGCACCAACGCUUCUUUUCACGCCAUCAAGAACUCAUUUUGUAGAAAAACAAGAAAAUUACAAAAACAUUUUGAAAUUGCUGUAAGUAAUUCGCUUUUUAUGAGGGGUGUGUGUGUGCGUGUGUGUGUGUGUGAAAAUGGGUGUGCGUGUCAUUCUUUUCUUCCUGGCUUAAUAUGAAAUAUUGAUUUUUCAACUAUGCCACUGUAAAGACGCAGUGUAGAGACACGCGGAAAAGAACCAGAAGAUUAAAAUAAGAAUUGAAAGUGUCAACUUGUUAUUGUCUGUUCUUCUUCUAUUUUCCUUGUGAAUGUGACUUUUACGGAGGAAAGAAGAAGAACCCUGCUGUCAGUCACAAAGGUCAUCCAUGUCACCUGGCCACCGCAUCACGAGCAAGAACCCUGUUGCUUUUGGUAAGGUCAGAGGUCAACGCACUGAUGUUU